AUGGAUGUAGCACACAAGAAGGUAAAGGUGAGCAUAAGAAUCCGCCCAGAAGCAAACGGAUGCGGGGCAUGGAAGUCGCUUGGAAACACCGUAUGGCAUGUCCGCAACGGUAGAAAAACACUGUAUGGCGGAUUCAUGAAGGUCCUUGAAAACAUGACAAACACAGACGUAUAUGAGCUGUGUGUCAAGGAUGAAAUCCGCAAGUUCCUCAACGAUGAAAACUGCACUGUUUUUGCAUAUGGACAAACAGGCUCUGGAAAGACACACACAAUGCUCGGUGACACGGAGCUCGGCAUCAUCAAGCUUGCAAUCAAAGACGUGCUUGAUGUUAGGCCGGUAGGCAUUUCAUAUCUGCAGAUAUACAACGAAAAGCUCUUUGAUCUUGCAAGCAAUAAUGAGGUUCAUAUGUUCAGUGUAGGCAACAAAAACGUCAUGUCGAACCUGUGUGUGCAGAAUGUGUGUGCAUGGGGAGAUGUGGUGCCUUUUAUUGAUAGGUGUGAAAGAAACAGGAGGCUUGGAGCAACAGAGUUCAACGAAAAAAGCAGUAGGUCGCACACAGUACUCCAAGUCACAUACACUAGCAAUGGAGAAACACGAACGCUCAACAUGAUUGAUCUUGCUGGAAGUGAGCGUGCAAGCAAGUCCACAGACAGGAGGAGAGAGGGUGCGUUCAUCAACAAAAGCUUGCUGGCACUGUGCACUGUUGUCAACAACAUUGGCUGCGGUAGAUACACAGGGUUCAGAGACUCAAAGCUUACCAGGAUUCUUCAGUCGUCUUUAGAUGGCCGGACAAAUCUUGUUGCAAUAUGUGCACUGUCUCCAAGCCAAAGCUGUAUAGAUGAGUCUAUAAGCACACUGAAGUUUGCAGCAAGGCUUUGCAACCUUGAGCUGAAGAUCGAAGAAGUUGCUGCUCCUAAUGAGCGGACUGCAGAGCCAAUUACUCGUCCCACCAAUUGUGCUUGUGCAGAGAAGAGCCGUGCAAGCAGUGAUACGUGCCUGGAACAGUGUGUUUUGAAUAGUGUGGCACCAAUGUGUGUUGAGCUGCCAAGUACUGAUGUGCUUGGCUAUGAUGCAUUAGGUGCUUCUAAAGCUGGUGAGCAUUGCGAUAAUGCAGGAAUCGAUGAGAUGUUCAAAGCACUUGGAUUUGCACUUGUUGAGGAUCUCCGCCACAAAAUACAUGUAUUGGAGGAGCUCAACAGAAUGGCUGAUGAUAGAAUAUGCCUGCUUGAAAAGAUGAUUGCGGAUCUACUGGGCAAAGCUCCCUCAAGGAGAAUGAGCGAGAUUUUCGUAUUAGAGAAGCACAGAUUUGAUUUGCAGAAGAAAACACUCAGGAAGUGA